AUCUUAUUAUUUGAUACUUCUUGUCAGUUAUGUAAUAAUUUUUAUGUCUAAUAACAUCAUAUUUUUAUUAAUACAAUUUUAUAAAAUUAUUCAACCACGUUUGACUUCAGUUAUUAAAUGUACAGACAAUUAAAUAAAAUUUGUAAGCCUAUCGAAACGAAUUUCAAUUAUAGAAUGGCAUCAUUAAAAACGAAUGGUUUUCGUGCAGCCUUAAUACAAAUGACUGUCUCUGAUAACAAAAAAUUAAACAUUUCUAAUGCUAUAAAACGAGUUGAGUUAGCCAAAAAUAAUGAAUGUACUUUGGCCAUAUUACCUGAAUGUUUUAAUUCGCCAUAUAACACAGCUUUGUUCAGAAAAUAUUCGGAAUCAAUCCCUGAUGGUGAAACAUGUAAAGCUCUAUCUCAAGCUGCAAAAUCUAAUCAAAUUUACAUUGUAGGAGGUUCAAUUCCAGAGCUAUGUGAUGAUAAAGUUUAUAAUACAUGUACUGUUUGGGAUUCUAGUGGUAAUAUGAUAGCUAAACAUAGAAAGAUGCAUUUAUUUGACAUAAAUGUACCAGGAGGUAUUUGCUUUAAAGAAUCUGAUGCUUUAACGGGUGGAGAUACCAUAAACACAUUUAAAAUUAAUUCCUAUAAAAUAGGUUUAGGUAUAUGUUAUGACAUACGAUUUCCUGAAAUGGCAACUCUAUAUCGAAAAGCAAAAUGUGAUAUGCUAAUUUAUCCUGCUGCAUUUAAUACAACUACUGGUCCACUUCAUUGGACUUUGUUAAUUAGAGCUCGAGCUGUUGAUAAUCAGGUGUUUGUAGCAACUACAUCUCCUGCUAGAGUGGAUGAUUCAAAUUAUGUUGCAUGGGGUCAUUCAAUGAUUGUGAAUCCAUGGGGUGAAAUAUUAGAUGAAGCCUCUGAGAAAGAUAUGGAUUUAUACAUAGAUCUGGAUUUUACUGCUAGAGAACAUAUGAGACAACAAAUACCAACUGAAAAUCAAAGAAGAACAGAUAUAUAUGACACAAUUAACAUUAAAAAUAAAUAUUGAUAAUUUAUAAGUAGUGGUAUUUAGAAAAUCCUUAAAUGAAUUCAAAGGUUCAUCUUAGAUAAUAAAUUUGGUCCACUCAAACCCUCAGAAUCAAUAAAAUAUUUUUAGACUAUAUUUAUCUUACAAAUUAAUUUUUUGGUUUUAAUGAUAUUUCAUUAGUCAUAGUAAAGUUCAUCAGUGCUCCUAACCAUUUAUUACAACUUCACCAUUAUAUAUAUAUAUAUAUUUAUAUAUGUAAAUUUUAUUUUGAAUUUAGUGCCCCUUUGUUUAAGGCAUAUCUGGUCUAGACUUUGCCAAGGCCUAGCUUUGGCUCUGUAUUACAUAAAUGUAAAAUUUUAUUCAAACAAAUACUUUAUUACAAUAAAAUUUAUAUACUAUAUAUAUAUUUAAAUAUAUUAUAUUUUGUUAGUGGGAGGGGAGGGGCUAAAACCCUUCUCCUUGUUGAGUUCUUUGGCUUUACUAUAACUGAAUGAACAAAAAAUUAAAUAAUUUUAUAUUUAAAUUUGAAUUAGAUUUAUGUAUUAUUUAAGUUUCCAAAAUAAAAAAAAGUGGUAAAUGCUUUGGAUAAAAAAAAAAAAAUAGUAAUAAUAUGAACAAAGAAAUAGAAGUUAUUUCUUUUAAAUCCUUGGCGCACUAUUGUAUACCUGUCUUAUUUUUUAAUUUACUACUUUAGUUUUCAACACCAAAAAAUGAUUUAAGCAACAAAACUAAUUUUUAAAUUUCAAAACUUUAAAGUUUAAUAAGGUUAAAAAUAUAUUACUCUGAAAAUUAAUUCUCAACCAAUACUAGAUUUAACCAACCAACCAAACCAAAUCACAUGUUAAUAAUAAGCGAUUAUUAAAAAUGUAUUUUUAUGUAUUAUUACUAAAAAUUAAAAAUUGAGUUGUACUAAAUAUAACAUAGAUGUAAAAAAAUAACAAAAGGAUCAUGAAUAGGUGGUCAUUGGAUGAGCUAAGUUCCUCCAAAUUAAAAUAUUGUUUUUAUUCCUUUGAAUCAUAGACGAUUUAAACUGCUGAAACAAUUCCAGAUACAAUUUUAAAGAAAUUUUGCUUCUUAUAAAUUAUUAGUGUUAUUUGUAAUAUAUAAAUUGUUUUUAUGCUCAUCAA